AUGUCUCAUCACAGAAAGCGUGUUUAUCCACAGGCGCAAUACCAAAUCCAACAACAACAGAUAGCCACAGCUGCUGCAGUUCCACCUAGUAUUGGUGGUGCCCCAGGAGAAACCCCAAUUCUACACCAAGAUGGUAAUACUAUGUAUUCACAACAAGCUGCGUUCCAGCCUCAACAGAAUGCAAUGGUUGGCUCUACCCCGAUGUUUACUCCUGCACAACAGCAAUUAAAUCAGCAAGUCGAUCAAGCAACUUUUGCUAUGGGAAACAUGCAAUUGAAUAACAACAAUAUUAAUAACGCUGCUAUCCCUCCAUAUUCUCAAACUCAAAUGCAAGGUCAACCUCAAGGAAUAUAUCCAGUUCAACAACAACAAGGUUUAUAUCCAGGUGGCCAAUUUUCUAAUUCAAAACCAAUGAACCAAUUAUAUCCAAUAGAUCUGUUAACUGAAUUGCCACCACCAAUCCAUGAUUUGAUUUUACCUCCUCCACCUCUAAUGACCCCUCCAGAAAAAAUGAUUGUUCCAUCCGAUUUAGCCAACGCUUCCCCAGACUUUGUUAGAUGUACAUUAAAUGCUAUGCCAAAGACUAACAGUCUUUUAAAAAAAUCUAAAUUGCCAUUAGCUAUAGUAGUUAGGCCUUACCAACAUUUACAAGACACCGUCGAUUCUCCACCAUUAACAGAAGAUGGUGUUGUGGUCAGAUGCCGUCGUUGUCGUGGUUAUAUGAAUCCAUUUGUUACCAUGAUCGAACAAGGUCGUAGAUGGAGAUGUAACUUCUGUCGUUUAGCUAAUGACAUUCCAAUGCAAUAUAAUCAUUCCUAUGAUGGUAACCAGUUGAAUCAAUAUGAACGUAAUGAAAUUAGAUAUGGGGUAAUGGAAUUUUUGGCUCCAAAAGAAUACAGUGUUAGACAACCACCACCAUCUACAUAUGCUUUUAUCUUGGAUGUCUCUCAAAAUGCUAUUAGAAAUGGGUUAUUGGCUACCACCACAAGGACUAUUUUGGAAUCUUUGGAGUUUUUACCAAACCAUGAUGGCAGAACUAGAAUCUCUAUAUUAUGUGUUGAUAAUGCUAUCCAUUACUUCAAGAUCCCAAGAGACGACGAAGAAGGCCAAACUGUACAAAUGAUGGAUGUUGCUGAUAUUGAUGAACCAUUCUUACCAAGACCAAACUCUAUGAUUGUUUCAUUAACUGUAUGUAGGAAAAAUAUUGAAAAUUUGUUAAAUAAGAUUCCAGAAAUCUUCCAGCACAACGUUAUGAGCAAAUUUGCUCUUGGCCCAUCUUUGAAAUCUGCAUUCAAUUUGAUCCAAGGUACUGGUGGUAAAAUCAUUGUUGUUUCAUCCACUUUACCAAACAUCGGUACUGGCAAGUUGAAUAAAAGAAAUGAUCAAGGUGUUGUGAACACUCCAAAGGAAACAUCCCAACUAUUAUCUUGUCAAGAUGGGUUCUAUAAAUCAUUCCCUAUUGAUUGUUCAAAAGCUCAAGUCACUGUGGAUGUGUUUUUGGCUAGCGAAGACUAUAUGGACGUUGCCACAAUCUCUAAUUUAGGUCGUUUCACUGGUGGUCAAACUCAUUUCUAUCCUGGUUUCUCUGCCACAAAUUUCUCAGAUGUUACUAAAUUCACAAAAGAGUUUUCUAAGCAUUUAUCAAUGGAUAUUUGUAUGGAAACUGUCAUGAGAGCUCGUGGUUCCAUGGGUAUUAGAACAAUUGGUUUCUAUGGACAUUUUUUUAACAGAUCAUCUGAUUUGUGUGCCUUCUCUACAAUGCCUAGAGACCAAUCUUAUGUUAUGGAGUUGAACAUUGAAGAAAACCUGGUCACCGACUACUGUUAUCUUCAAAUUGCUGUAUUAUUGUCCUUAAAUACGGCCCAAAGAAGAAUUAGAAUCAUCACUCUUGCUAUCCCAACUACCGAUUCGUUAGCAGAAGUUUAUGCCUCUGCAGACCAAUUGGCUAUUACAAAUGUUUUUGCUCAAAAGGCCAUUGCUAAAGCCUGGUCCUCUAGUCUGCAAGCUUCUCGUGAAUUAAUCAACAAGAGUGUUCAGGAUAUUCUUGGAACUUACAAGAAGGAAAUCGUGGUCUCUAACACUGCAGGCGGUGCUCCAUUAAGAUUAUGUGCUAACUUAAGAAUGUUCCCAUUAUUAAUGCAUUCAUUAACCAAACACACUGCUUUCAGGGCUGGAGUUUUACCUAGUGAUCAUAGAGCAUCUGCAUUAAAUUUCUUGGAAUCCGUCCCAUUGCCAUAUUUUAUUAAAAAUAUUUAUUCUUGUGUUUACUCAUUACAUGAUAUGAUUGAUGAAGCCGGUUUACCAGAUGAAAAUGGUUCCAUUGUAUUACCCGAACCAAUCAAUGCUACAUCCUCAUUAUUUGAAAGAUAUGGGUUAUAUUUAAUUGACAAUGGUACCGAGUUAUUCUUAUGGAUAGGUGGUGACGCAGUCAAUGAAUUGGUGCAAGAUGUCUUUGGUACAAACGAUAUUUUCCAAAUUCCAACUGGUAAGAACGAAAUUCCUGUAGUUGAAGGAUCUGAAUUCAACGAAAGAGUCAGAAAUAUUAUUGCUAAAGUCAGAGAACACGAUGAUGUAAUCACUUAUCAAUCAUUGUAUAUUGUCAGAGGUGCAUCGGUAAGUGAACCAGUUAAUCAUGCUUCUGCCAGAGAAAUGACUUCACUAAGAUUAUGGGCUACUAGCACAUUAGUAGAAGAUAAGAUCAUGGGUUCUGAGAGUUAUCGUGAAUUUUUACAAACUGUCAAGUCAAAGAUUACGAAAUAA